UAACAUUCCCCAUUUUGCAGCAGGGGCUGCACUUUUUCCCAGGACCUUGUGGCUUUUAAACGAGAAAACAUGAUGGAGAUGUAUUUCAUUUCAGUCAUUUUAGCAAGUAUCCUCAUCAUACCAUUCGCACUCAAAACUUUUUCCCCUUAUCUUUGGAUGGAUAUUCUGUAUUUCAGGGAUCUGCUACGGAUUUUAGUGACUUUUGUGUCGAGGCGAAGAAGGAGACCUUUCUUCUUUGUUUUGGACCGUUUCUUGGAGCAGACCGCUGCGCAUCCAGACAAGCUGUUCAUUGUGUUUGGAAAUGAAAGUUACUCGUACACUUACACAGAUACACGGAGUAGCAAAAUAGCCAACGCGCUUCAGUCUCACCCUAGGUAUAAAGCUGGGGACACCGUCGCACUUUUCAUGGGGAAUGAACCCGCCUUCAUGUUUACCUGGCUGGCUUUGGCUAAAUUAGGUUCUCCUGUGGCGCUUCUCAAUCACAACAUCCGCACCAAGUCUCUGCUGCACUGCUUUAACUGCUGCAAGGCGAAAGUGUUGAUAGCAGCCCCAGAGCUAAAGGAAGCAGUGGAGGAUGUGCUGCCCUCCCUGAUAGAGCAGGGCGUCACCGUCCUCCUGAUGACCAAACACUGUGACACACCUGGAAUUGAGAGCUUCUCUGAUAAAGUGGACGAGGCAUCGGACACCCCGCUCCCUCGAUCCCUCAGAUCACACAUCACAUUCAAAAGUCCUGCAGUUUAUAUUUACACCUCUGGCACUACAGGUCUCCCUAAGGCAGCUGUGGUCAAUCAGAACCGCCUCUUAACUGCUCUGGCUGUUUUAUCUUCAAACGGUGUAACGGCUAGUGAUGUCAUCUACCUCAAUCUGCCUCUGUACCACACGGCUGGAUUCAUUAUAGGCUUUAUUGGCUCCAUUGAGACAGGGUCAACUAUCAUUUUGAAGAGGAAGUUUUCUGCCUCUCAGUUUUGGGAUGACUGCAGGAAAAACAGUGUGACUGUUGUCCAGUACAUAGGAGAGGUGAUGCGUUAUCUCUGUAGUACACCGAAGAGAGAUAAUGACAAGGACCAUAAAGUAAGACUGGCCAUUGGCAACGGUGUCAGAGCAGAGAUAUGGAGAGAGUUUCUCAAUCGCUUUGGGAACAUUGAAGUCCGAGAGUUUUACGCCUCCACUGAGGGAAAUGUGGGAUUUGUCAACUACGCAGGGAAAAUUGGAGCUAUUGGACGAGUCAACUAUUUGCAUCAGAAGCUGUUUCCCUACACUCUGAUUAAAUAUGACACAAAGCGGGAUGAACCGAUUCGAGAUGCCAGUGGCCUCUGUGUGGAGUCACCCAAAGGUGAGACAGGACUGCUGGUGUCGAAGAUCACAGACAUUGCUCCUUUCGUCGGCUACGCCCAGAAUGAAGAACAAACGGAGAGGAAAAGACUUCGUAAUGUUCUCAAGAAAGGAGAUCUUUACUUCAACAGUGGAGACCUAAUGAGGAUCGAUGACGACAACUUCAUUUACUUUCAGGAUCGCGUAGGUGACACCUUCAGGUGGAAAGGUGAGAAUGUGGCCACAACCGAGGUGUCCGACAUCCUGACACUCAGUGAUUGUCUCAAAGAAGCCAACGUUUAUGGAGUCCAGGUGCCAGGGCAUGAGGGGCGGAUAGGGAUGGCAGCUGUCACUGUGAAGGAAGGUGCCCAGUUUGAUGGAAGUAAAAUAUAUAACCAUGUGAUUAGCUACCUGCCCUCAUAUGCCCGACCUCGCUUUAUAAGGAUACAGAAUGCUGUGGAGGUGACAGGGACUUUCAAACAGAUGAAGGUGAAGUUAGUGGAGGAGAGUUAUGAUCCAGGACGUAUCCAGGAUCCUCUUUACAUCCUUGAUGAUCAUGAGAAGAGUUACAUACCACUGGCACCUCACGUCUACAGCUCCAUCAUAUCAGGAAACAUCAAACUAUGAGUAGGCUCUUAGUGUUCACUAAUAAUGUCUGGUUGCAUUGAUAUGCAUGAUAUGCAUUUUUACUAAUACUCAUAAUUUGUGUAAAAUAAUAUGGAGACAUGAACACCUUUUAUUAAAAGCAGUAAAUGGAAA